AUGCAGCCCUUCCACCCCCACACCCCCGCCCACAAACUCCCCUACGCCGCCCCCGCCACCCCCGACUCGCCCUUCCAAAAAGAGUCCCACUUCAGCUCCGACCCCGAUCUCAGCCAGAAGAGGCAGGCCGCAGACCAGAUCGUCACCGAGUAUGAGGAGAAGAGAGACAAAUUGGCCAAGGCCAUAGACUCGUCCGUCUACCUUCUUGCAGACCUCAAAAACUUUAAUGGCGAGCAAUGGACAGUGCGAUAUCCCCAUCUGAAAUCAGCAGAGUCCGUUCAGCCUGGGUCUCCCUCUCGACCCGGCAUGAGCCGACGUACCCUGACAUUCGCCGAUGAGCCCUCCCAUUCUACCGACGUUGUCCUCUCCUCCACACCCACGGCUAGGCAGUCCCUGAAGCGAUCGAUCUCUGUGGCGCCUGCCUCGUCAGAAAACUCGUCGACGGAAUCUGCCACUCUGGUCUCCGAGCCGGCCUCCAUCGAGGACAAUGAGGAUGACUUUUCCAUCCUCCGUCUCGACCUGAAUAUGGGCGCGACUCGACAUGCCAAGCGCCUCAUUUCGUCUCUCGAAAAGUCCUCUAUCUCUGCCCUGCUCGACAACCGUAUCUCAGCAUCACUCGACCAUCUUACCAGCCUUCAGAAGCGUAUUUACGAUUCUCAUUCCCGGGUACUGGUAACUGGUGAUCUGAAUGCGGGAAAGUCCACCUUGAUCAACACUUUGUUGAGACGAGCUGAGGUCAUGCCCACGGACGAGCAGCCUCUGACGACGCGCUUUGUCGAGGUUGUCAGCGCCAAGGAGAACGAGGACAAGGAGGAGAUCCAUAUCAUGGAUCAGGGCGAGUACGAUCCCAGCGACAAGUCCACAUACUCUGUCAUGGACAUUUCCAAGCUUGAGGAGCUUGUCACAGACCUCGACUCUGAUGCGUCUAGCCCCCCCGUCCGAGUCUUCCUGCGUGAGGCUGAGGAUGUUAAUAACCCCUCCAUCCUCCAUAAUGGCGUCGUCGACAUCUCCCUUGUCGAUGCUCCGGGAUUGAAUAGGGAUUCGAUCAAGACGACAGCCAACUUUGCUCGUCAGGAAGAGAUCGACGUCGUUGUCUUUGUUGUGUCUGCUGCCAACCACUUUACCUUGUCUGCCAAGGAGUUCAUCUGGCAGGCUGGCCAUGAAAAGGCCCAUCUGUUCAUCGUCGUCAACCGAUACGACCAGCUCAAAGACAAAGCUCGUUGCCGACGACUAGUCAUGGAGCAGAUCAAGCAGCUCAGUCCCAAAACCUACGAGGAUGCGGACUCUCUUGUCCACUUUGUCGAUUCUGCAAAGGCUGCGUUGGGCGUUGCUCCUGGCGAAGGCGAUGAGCUUGAUGAUGCCUUCUCUCAUCUCGAGCACUCUCUUCGCUCCUUCGUUCUCGUCAACCGCUCCAAGUCCAAGCUUGGCCCUGCCCAAAAUUACGUCACUCAUCUUCUUGCCGACGUCGAGCUUCUCGCGUCUGCCAACUCUGUCUUGGCGACCAAGGAGCGUGACAUUGCACGCAACGAGCUUGACCGCAUCAAGCCUGUUUUGGAGAAGAUGAAGAGGGGCCGCGAAGGUUUAGAGGAGGGUUUGGUCCAGGAGGAGGAGUCUGUGACUGAAGCAUCAUCGAGCAGGACCAAGAAGGCGAUGACCACCGCGCUUGAGCGUGUUUCCAAGGGCGAACUGGCUGCGCCUGGUCCUGGUCUUGAACUUCCGUCCUACCCCGGAUUGCUCGGUGUUUGGGACUAUGCUGCCGAGGUCAAGAGGGUUCUCUUGUCCUCGCUCGAUUUUGCGGUCAGCCUUGCCGAGAACGACUCUCGAAAGCUGACUGCCGAUGGGGUGGACAAGGUUAUCGCUCUCGGCGACGCUCACCUCCCCGAGGAUGUCGAGCGCUCUAACCGUAAAUUCAAUCCUCAGGCCAUGUUUACGGCUCGCCCUCGUGCCGCCCGCCGUCCGUCGGGUGUUUCUACCAUCGGUCUUGGCCUUGCCAAUCAAACUCAUCUCAAGGACGUCAAUGUCACCGACAUCUUUGACCUCCAGCACCACAUUUUCCUCGCUCGAUCCUCCCUCCCCUCUCACAAGUCUGGCUCUCUCGACCUCAUCCCGGUUUCUGCCGAAAGCUUUGGCGCUGCCUCCCUCGCCUUUGGCGCCUUCUCGAUGGUUAGCGGUAAGACUGUCGGUCUCCGUACUGUUAUCGAGGGCUUGGUCCAUUUCUCCGACUUUGUCUCUGAUCCCUCCACCCGUAGAUGGAUUGGUCCCGCCGUGGGUAUGGCCGCCGCUGGCGCCGUCGCCUACAUUGUCUACGACUUGCCCAACUCUAUCCCACGCAACGUCGGGCGCCACCUUCAGUACACCCUCCUUGCAUCUUCGGGUACAGCCACCGAUGAUGACGAGCUGCCUUUCGCCGAUGCCCAGUCCGCUAGGAUCAGCAGAGAAGUCAGGAAGGUCAUGCGCCUGGCUGCUUGGGAUCUCAGAGAAAGGUUCAGAGCGGCUGUGGACGCUAGAGGGGAGCUGGUCAAGGAGAGCGAGGAGCAGGAGAAGAAGGCGAACAAGGCGUUGAAGUGGUUUGAAGAUGUGGAGAAGAGGGUUGAUGUUAUCAGGGAAGAGGUUGGCAUUAAAGUGUAA